AUGGUGUUAAUCAAAGACAAUGAAGAUUUCGAUUCGGUAACAUUUACAGAUCAACAAGAACAAGCAACCAAACAUAAUACAAAGCUAAUCAUCGGAAUCAUCAUCAAUCUAAUCUUCAUAUCAAUCUACCUCAUCAUACGUUUCGCCCAUCCCUCAAAACCGCAAUUCAUCAUUCAAGACGCCACUGUCUUCACCUUCAACCUUUCGUCGUCGUUGAAUCUUCUUUCCUCCACUCUACAAAUAACCAUCGCCUCCAAAAACCCAAAUGACAUUUCGGGUAUCUAUUACGACGAUCUGGGUAUCUACGCAGAAUAUAUGAAUCAACAAAUCACUUACCAAACAGACAUUCCUAGAGGAGUAUAUCAAGGACGUAAGGAGAUUCAUGUUUGGUCUUUGUUUAUCAACGGAACCAACGUACCAAUUGCUCCGUACAAUGUACCUUUUCUUAAAUAG